UUAGGGGAUGUGCAGCAGCUGAGAGAAGCGGAGAUUCACAAUCGCAGGAGUAUUCAACUGUGAAAGUUGCACUCGCAGCCAAAGCCAUAAAAACCUUCUGAGCCUCUAUCAUUAUGCUAGCCUUCUGGUCUGUGUCAUUUGUACUGUUGUGCGUAUGGAGAUUUAGUUAUGCACAGUAUGACCAUUUGGGUUACCUUCCGGGCUACCAAGACCCUGCACAGGACCUUUAUACUGUUCCAGAGCUUCCUAAAGAUAUGCCCAGGGUACCGCUACGUCUGGCAGGAGAGAAACGCAAGCACAACGAAGGGCGCGUUGAGGUCUUCUAUGAAGGGGAGUGGGGGACUGUGUGUGAUGAUGAUUUCACCAUUCAUGCAGCCCAAGUUGUAUGCAGAGAACUGGGUUAUUUUGAAGCAGUCUCCUGGUUUCCCUCAUCUAAAUAUGGGAAGGGAGAAGGUCGUAUCUGGUUUGACAAUGUCCACUGCACGGGGAAUGAGAGGAGCUUGGCCCAGUGUGAGUCUAAUGGCAUAGGAGUGUCUGAUUGUAAGCAUACUGAGGAUGUCGGGGUGGUUUGCAGUGACAAGAGAAUCCCAGGAUUCAAGUUUGUGAACACCCUUACCAACAACAUCAAUAGUCUGAACAUUCAGGUGGAGGAUGUUCGUAUACGCCCCAUCCGGUCAUCAUAUCGUAAGCGCAUCCCAGUAACAGAGGGCUAUGUGGAGGUGAAGGAUGGAGGCAAGUGGAAGCAGAUUUGUGAUGAUGAGUGGAUUCAAAUGAACAGCAGGGUUAUCUGUGGCAUGUUCGGCUUUCCUGGAGACAAGAGAUACAACACCCGUGUGUACAAGAUGUUUGCCCGCCGAAGAAAGCCAACAUACUGGGAUUACUCCAUAAAUUGCACCGGAAAUGAAGCUCAUUUGUCUAGCUGUAAGCUGGGCCACAUGCUCUCCAUUAAAGCCAAUAGCACAUGUGAGCAGGGCAGUCCUGUGGUAGUCAGCUGCGUCCCUGGCAGAGCUUUCGCCCAGACUCCCAUGGCAGGAUACAAGAAGGCCUUCAGACAGGAGCAACCCCUGGUGCGUCUCAGAGGUGGCGCUGUAGUUGGAGAGGGGCGUGUGGAGGUGUUGAAAAAUGGAGAAUGGGGCACGAUCUGUGAUGACAACUGGAAUCCCGUAGCAGCUACUGUGGUGUGUCGUGAGCUUGGAUUUGGAAGUGCCAAAGAGGCUCUUUCUGGAGGUCAACUUGGACAAGGAAUGGGCCCUGUACAUAUGAAUGAAGUUAAAUGUUCUGGCUUUGAGAAGUCUGUCACUGAGUGCCCCUUCAGUAUGGACAAAGACUCUGAAGGCUGCAGUCACGAGGAAGACGCAGGCGUGAGGUGCAAUGUUCCUGCCAUGGGCUUUCAACAGAGGCUGCGUUUGAGUGGAGGUCGUAACCUCUUCGAAGGCCGUGUGGAGGUUCUAAUGGAGCGCAAUGGUUCUCUGGUGUGGGGGACUGUGUGUGGUGAGGGCUGGGGCACAAUGGAGGCCAUGGUGGUCUGCAGACAGCGGGGCCUGGGUUUCGCAAGCCAUGCUUUCCAGGAGACAUGGAUCUGGCCUGGUGCAGUGAAUGCAGUUUCAGUGGUAAUGAGUGGGGUGAGGUGUGCAGGAACAGAGAUGUCUCUCUCCCACUGUCUGCAUCAUGGAGAAUAUCUCAGCUGCCCUAAAGGUGGAAGCCGCUUUGCUGCUGGAGUUUCCUGCUCUGAGACUGCCCCAGAUCUAGUGCUCAACCCCCAGGUGGUGGAACAGACCACAUACUUAGAGGACCGUCCUAUGUUCAUGUUACAGUGCGCUUAUGAGGAGAACUGCCUGGGCUCCACUUCCAGUUACAUCCCAGCCAACUCCUAUCGCCGGCUUAAUUAA